AACUUUUUCAGUCAGACCCUGGGCUCAGUGGCCUCCCUGUCUCUCCUUUCCUUUCUUCUUUCUCGGCCGGACCUUGGACAGGAAUCUGUGCAGUGCAGUGGUAAAGCGUGGCUGCCCCAGCGACCCGACUCAUGUGAGUUCUGCCCAGGGGAAGAGGCCAGACCAUGGGGGAUGUGACGCUGGCUGCCUCGACACACGUUUCUAAAACCUCCCUCAGUGUGGAUCACUCGAGAGUCGGCUCCAUGCCCCUGACUGCGGCCCCUGCUUUCAUUUUGCCCCCUCGGAACCUCUGCAUCAAAGAAGGAGCCACCGCCAAGUUUGAAGGGAGGGUCCGGGGUUACCCAGAGCCCCAAGUGACGUGGCACAGAAACGGGCAACCCAUCACCAGUGGGGGCCGCUUCCUGCUGGAUUGUGGUAUCCGGGGGAGUUUCAGCCUUGUGAUUCAUGCUGUUCGUGACGAGGACAAGGGGAAGUAUACCUGUGAAGCCACCAAUGGUAGCGGUGCCCGCCAGGUGACAGUGGAGUUGACGGUAGAAGGGGGCUUUGUGAAGAAGCAUGGUCAGCCUGUUGUUUCCAAAACCUCGGGGGACAGAUUCGCAUCCUCCACAGUGGAGACCCGUCCUAGCAUCUGGGGAGAGUGCCCUCCAAAGUUUGCUACCAAGCUAGGCCGAGCGGUGGUCAAAGAAGGACAGAUGGGACGAUUUUCCUGCAAGGUCACUGGCCGGCCCCAGCCACAGGUCACCUGGCUCAAGGGAGAUGUUCCCCUGCAGCCAAGUGCCCGUGUGUCUAUGUCUGAGAAGAAUGGCAUGCAAGUUCUGGAAAUCCAUGAGGUCAGCCAGGAUGACUUGGGAGUGUACACAUGCAUGGUGGUGAAUGGAUCCGGGAAAGCCUCCAUGUCAGCUGAGCUUUCCAUCCAAGGUUUGGACAAUGCCAACAGGUCAUUUGUGAGGGGAACAAAGGCAGCCAGUUCAGAUAUCAGGAAGGAAGUGACCAACGGAAUCACGCAGGGGCCAAAACUGAACAGCCUGGAGACUGCAGCUGGCAGCAAGAACUGCUCCAGCACCCAGAGAGGUGGCACAAGUAGCCAAUCUCAGCCCCUGGGGGAAUCCAAGCUGGAGCCAUCUGGGGACUCACCUCGAAAGGCCCUGAGGGCCCCCAUCCUGCAGAAGACUUCCAGCACCAUCACCCUGCAGACCAUGAAAGUCCAGCCAGAACCAAGAGCACCGGCCGUGGGGCCCCUCUCUCCUUCCAGAGAAGAGAGGGAAAGGCCAGCUGGUCCCCCUCCAGCCACGCUCCCCACCAGGCAGUCUGGCAUGGGAAGCCAAGAAGUUGUGAGCAGGGUUGCCACCAGGAAAAUCCCUAUGGAGAGCCGGAGGGAUUCAACAUUCCCCAAAUUUGAGAGCAAGCCCCAGAGCCAGGAAGUCCGUGAAGAUCAAACAGUCAAGUUCAGAUGUGAGGUUUCAGGGAUCCCGAAGCCCCAAGUGACCUGGUUCCUGGAAGGUGCCCCUAUGAGGAGACGAGAAGGCACCAUUGAGAUUUAUGAAGAUGGUGGGUCUCAUUACCUCUGCCUGCUGAGAGCCCGGGCAAGGGACAGCGGGAACUACAGCUGCACAGCCUCCAAUGUCCGAGGCCAGGUGUCCUGUGGCUGGACCCUCCUGGUGAAAAGGCUGGCCGUGGUGGAGGUGGCCCCCUCUUUCUCCAGUGUCCUGAGGGACUGCACCAUCAUUGAGGGCCAGGACUUUGUGCUGCAGUGCUCGGUGAAGGGAACCCCAGUGCCCCGAAUCACCUGGCUGCUCAAUGAGCAGCCCAUCCAGUAUGCUCACUCCACCUGCGAGGCGGGGGUGGCUGAGCUCCACAUCCAGGACGCCCUGCCGGAGGACGAUGGCACCUACACCUGUGUGGCCGAGAACACCUUGGGACGGGCGUCCUGCAGUGCCCGGGUCACUGUCCACGAAAAGAAAAGUGACGGGAAGAGCGAGUACCUCCUGCCCGUGGCUCCCGGCAAGCCCGUCGCACCCCUCUUUCUGCAGGGCCUCUCUGAUCUCCAAGUCAUGGACGGAAGCCAGGUCACCAUGACAGUCCAGGUGUCAGGGCACCCACCCCCUGAGGUCAUCUGGCUUCACAACGGGAAUGAGAUCCAGGAGUCGGAGGAUUUCCAUUUUGAACAGAGAGGCGCUCGGCACAGCCUUUGUAUCCAGGAGGUGUUCCCCGAGGAUACGGGUACCUACACCUGUGAAGCCUGGAACAGCGCCGGAGAGGUCCGCACCCAGGCCGUGCUCACGGUGCAAGAGCCUCAGGAUGGCACGCAGCCCUGGUUCAUCAGCAAGCCUCGCUCGGUGACAGCCUCCCUGGGCCAGAGUGUCCUCAUCUCCUGUGCCAUAGCUGGCGACCCCUUUCCCACCGUGCACUGGCUCCGAGACGGCAAAGCUCUCUCCAACGACACCAGCCACUUUGAGGUGCUUCAGAACGAGGACGUGUUCACCCUGGUUCUAAAGAAUGUGCAGCCCUGGCACGCCGGCCAGUAUGAGAUCCUGCUCAAGAACCGGGUUGGCGAAUGCAGUUGCCAGGUGUCGCUGAUGCUACAGAGCAGCCCUGCCCGAGCUCCUCUGCGGGGGAGGGAGCCUGCCAGCUGUGAGGGCCUCUGCAGCGGUGGUGCUGAUGGUGGUGGUGGUGACUGCUAUGGGACCCUGAGGCCCGGCUGGCCAGCAAGAGAACAGGCUUGGCAAGAGGAGGAAGACGGUGAGGGCGUGAGGGGAGUGCUGAAGAGGCGCGUGGAGACGCGGCAGCACACGGAGGAGGCCAUCCGCCAGCAGGAGGUGGAGCAGCUGGACUUUCGUGACCUCCUGGGGAAGAAGGUGAGUACCAAGACCGUGUCAGAAGAAGACCUGAAGGAGAUCCCGGCUGAGCAGAUGGAUUUCCGCGCCAACCUGCAACGGCAAGUGAAGCCAAAGACUGUGUCCGAGGAGGAGAGGAAGGUACAUAGCCCCCAGCAGGUCGACUUCCGCUCUGUCUUGGCCAAGAAGGGGACUCCCAAGACCCCGGUGCCUGAGAAGGUACCACCUCCAAAACCUGCCACCCCGGAUUUUCGCUCGGUGCUGGGCAGCAAGAAAAAAGUACCAGCAGAGAAUGGUAGCAACAGUGCUGAGGGCUUGAAUGCCAAGGUAACAGAAAGUCCCAAGGCUGUGGGCAAUGCCCAGCCUUCAGGGUCUCUGAAGUCCGUGGGCAAUGCCAAGCCUGCUGAGACCCCAAAACCCUUGGAUAACGCCAAACCUGCCGACAGUCUGAAACCCGUGGGCAAUGCCAAACCUGCCGAGACCCCAAAACCCUUGGGCAACGCCAAACCUGCCGAGACCCCAAAACCCUUGGGCAACGCCAAACCUGCCGAGACCCCAAAACCCUUGGGCAACGCCAAACCUGCCGAGACCCCAAAACCCUUGGGCAACGCCAAACCUGCCGAGACCCCAAAACCUUUGGGCAACGCCAAGCCUGCCGAGACCCCAAAACCCUUGGGCAACGCCAAGCCAGCUGAGAUCCAAAAAACAGCGGGGAAAGAAGAACUCAAGAAGGAAGUUAAGAAUGACGUGAACUCUAAGAGGGGGCAUUCAGGGGACACAGAUAAGGAAAAAAGAUCAGAGAGCCUAGGGACAGCCCCAGCCUUCAAGGAGAAGCUACGCGACGUCCAUGUGUCGGAGGGUGAGAAACUGCUACUCCAGUGCCAGGUGUCCUCUGACCCCCCGGCCACCAUCACCUGGACGCUGAACGGAAAGACACUCAAGACCACCAAGUUCAUCAUCCUCUCCCAAGAAGGCUCACUGUGCUCCGUCUCCAUCGAGAAGGCCCUGCCAGAGGACAGAGGCUCAUACAAGUGUGUAGCCAAGAACAGCGCUGGCCAGGCUGAGUGCUCCUGCCAGGUCACUGUGGACGAUGCUCCCGCCAGCGAGAAUGCCAAGGCCCCAGAGAUGAAAGCCCGGAGGCCCAAGAGCUCUCUCCCUCCGAUGCUAGGAACAGAGAGUGAUGCAACUGUGAAAAAGAAACCUGCACCCAAGACACCUCUGAAGGCAGCCAUGCCCCCGCAGAUCGUCCAGUUUCCUGAGGACCAAAAGGUGCGUGCAGGAGAGUCUGUGGAGCUGUUUGGUAAAGUGGCCGGCACCCAGCCCAUCACCUGCACCUGGAUGAAGUUCCGAAAGCAGAUCCAGGAGAGCGAGCACAUCAAGCUGGAAAACAGCGAGAGCGGCAGCAAGCUCACCAUCCUGGCGGCCCGCCAGGAGCACUGUGGCUGUUACACCCUGCUGGUGGAGAACAAGCUGGGCAGCAGGCAGGCCCAGGUCAACCUCACUGUGGUCGACAAGCCAGACCCCCCCGCCGGCACGCCUUGUGCCUCUGACAUCCGGACCUCUUCCCUCACCCUGUCCUGGUAUGGUUCCUCAUAUGAUGGGGGCAGUGCUGUCCAGUCCUACAGUGUGGAGAUCUGGGAUUCGGUGGACACGACGUGGAAGGAACUAGCCACAUGCCGCAGCACUUCAUUUAACGUUCAAGACCUACUGCCUGACCGAGAGUAUAAAUUCCGUGUGCGUGCCAUCAACGUGUACGGAACCAGUGAGCCGAGCCAGGAGUCUGAACUCACUGCAGUGGGAGAGAAACCUGAGGAGCCUAAGGAUGAAGUGGAGGUGUCAGAUGACGAUGAGAAGGAGCCUGAGGUUGAUUACCGGACGGUGACAGUCAAUACCGAACAAAAAGUGUCUGACUUCUACGACAUUGAAGAGAGACUAGGAUCUGGAAAAUUUGGACAGGUCUUUCGACUUGUAGAAAAGAAAACUAGAAAAAUCUGGGCAGGGAAAUUCUUCAAGGCAUAUUCGGCAAAAGAGAAAGAGGCCAUCCGGCAGGAGAUCAGCAUCAUGAACUGCCUUCACCACCCCAAGCUGGUGCAGUGUGUGGAUGCCUUCGAAGAAAAGGCCAACAUCGUCAUGGUCCUGGAGAUAGUGUCGGGGGGUGAGCUGUUUGAGCGCAUCAUCGACGAGGACUUUGAGCUGACGGAACGGGAGUGCAUCCAGUACAUGAAGCAGAUCUCAGAGGGGGUGGAGUACAUCCACAAACAGGGCAUCGUCCACCUGGACCUCAAGCCCGAGAACAUCAUGUGUGUCAACAAGACGGGCACCAGGAUCAAGCUCAUCGACUUCGGGCUGGCCAGAAGGCUGGAGAAUGCAGGGUCUCUGAAGGUCCUCUUUGGCACCCCGGAGUUUGUGGCACCCGAAGUGAUCAACUAUGAGCCCAUUGGCUAUGCCACGGACAUGUGGAGCAUCGGGGUCAUCUGCUACAUCCUGGUCAGUGGACUUUCCCCCUUCAUGGGUGACAAUGACAACGAAACCUUAGCCAACGUUACCUCAGCUACCUGGGACUUCGACGACGAGGCGUUCGAUGAGAUCUCCGACGAUGCCAAGGAUUUUAUCAGCAGCUUGCUAAAGAAAGACAUGAAAAACCGCCUGAACUGCACCCAGUGCCUUCAGCAUCCAUGGCUAAUGAAAGACACCAAGAACAUGGAGGCCAAGAAGCUCUCCAAGGACCGGAUGAAGAAGUACAUGGCAAGAAGGAAAUGGCAGAAAACGGGCAAUGCUGUGAGAGCCAUUGGAAGACUGUCCUCUAUGGCAAUGAUCUCAGGGCUCAGUGGCAGGAAAUCCUCAACAGGGUCACCAACCAGCCCGCUCAAUGCAGAAAAACUAGAAUCUGAAGGAGAUGUCUCCCAAGCUUUCCUGGAGGCUGUUGCCGAGGAAAAGCCACAUGUGAAACCGUAUUUCUCUAAGACCAUUCGUGAUUUAGAAGUUGUGGAAGGAAGUGCUGCUAGAUUUGACUGCAAGAUCGAAGGAUACCCAGACCCCGAGGUCGUCUGGUUCAAGGACGACCAGUCGAUCAGGGAGUCCCGCCACUUCCAGAUAGACUACGAUGAGGAUGGGAACUGCUCUUUAAUCAUUAGCGAUGUUUGCGGGGAUGACGACGCCAAGUACACCUGCAAGGCUGUCAACAGUCUUGGAGAAGCCACCUGCACAGCGGAGCUCAUUGUGGAAACCAUGGAGGAAGGAGAAGGAGAAGGGGAAGAGGAGGAAGAGGAAGAGUGAAACAAAGCCAGAGAGAAGCAGUUUCUAAGUCAUAUUACAAAGACAAUUUCUCCAAAACUCAAAAAAUCCAAGAUAGUAAAAGCACCUAGUGUGGUAGAUGAUUUAGUUAGGUCACGUGGGGGUCGGUUCUUCAGCAACGGCAGUUGAUACCCAGCAGCGUCAUUGAUGGGCAUUAAUUUGAGUUGGCUGGUACGUAAGAUACUAGUUCACCUAGAUGUCAUUUUGGGAAAUCACCAAUCACUUGCCUGAGCAGUUGAUUUUAGAGAGAAAAUAAUCCAAAGUCACGAAUUCCCCAACUGAAAGCAGUCAUCAAAAAUAAGGCCCUGCAGCCACAGCCCAGCCCAGAGCGUCCCUGGCGAUGGAGCUCUCCCCUUGCCAGCUCCUAACUCUGGGAACAGGGUCUUCUCCAGUACUGCAGCCCUUCAUUCGGAAAGCAGUCGAGCCAUUUUAACUUACGAGGCACAUUUUAUUCCAAAGUGUACUGUAGACAUUCAGACUUUUCAUUUCCCCCUUUCUACCUGCCAGUUUUUCUGGAAGUGAAUCUGCCAUGAGUUUAAGCACUAAGAACAUUACUUCUUAGAUUCUGAAGACAGGUCCCCCGCUCAUGGAUGGCUGCCUUCCCUAGGAAAACAGAAUCUCCUUUCUUCCCAAAUCCAUAGGAAAUCUAAACUUAUCCCCUCUUUGCAGAUGUCUAGCAGCUUCAGACAUUUUUACAAGAACCCGUGAAAAGAAAUCCUUGUUAAUGUGCUUUUCUUCUGAAACCAGGAUUCAUAUUUGUGCUGUUAUCGAUCAGCUUUGCAUGUGUGGUAAAGAUUUUUCUGUUUGAAUGUAUGAAAAACCAGUUUGGUUAAAAGUUACCCUUAUUUAUUGGCCACUAUGAAACAGAUUGCAACUGAUGACGAGCUGUAGAACUCUACAUACUUUGGAGUCUCCUUCAGUUUAAUACACCUUCCUUGUAAACACUCUCCAGAGAGCGCUCCCUACAUUUCGGGUUCCACAAUGGUUUUUUUCUUGAAUGUGCAGCAAUCAUGCCUUGCCCCCAACCUAUAUUCUUAGACCUGAAAAUACACUCAGACUUGCAUCUUUAGAAAUUGUUAACUUUCUUUCACUACAUUGGCACUUAAAAUUUUCUUUAUAAAACUUUUUGGAGGUCAUAAACAAAGACCAUAAACUAAUAUGCCUAAUACAUUUCCUGUGCGUGUGUGUAUAACAUUCCAGAUACUUUCUUCUUUUCCACUGUUUGUAAAAUGCCGCAAUUUAAUAUUUCAAGGGACUUUCUAAUAGUUCCUUUAGAACCAAUUUUAAAUUACUUCAGUGCAAUCCUACACAUUAUCAACAUUAGAAUUUUGAUAUUGCUUAGUCUUAUGUUAUCGUCCAUUCUAUCUUACCUGCUUUUUGCUGCUAGUUUCCAAUUGCCAGUAUUGUUUUGCUUUUAAACAGUUACAAUAUUUUUCAUGAUAGCCACUGUAUUGCCACAGUUUAUUAUACCAAAGGGUGUUUAAUUUGAUUUAGAGCAUUCAAAGCUUUUUUUCAUCACUUUUAAUUGUGUUAGACUAUAAUCUGUGUGUGCGUGUAUGUUGUAUGUGUGUGCGCAUGUGUGGUGUGUACGUUUGUUUACAGGUUUUCAAUGCCUUCCUGAAAUUGUGUUAAUGUUCUCCCAGUUUAUUAUGCCAUCAGAAUGGUACAUGAGAACACUACAACUGUAGUUAGCUCACAAUUUUUAAAUAAAGGAUACCACAGUGCAUGCUUUUUGUUCA